AAACUCAUCAUAUACUUGCUAGGUUGUUGAUGGAAGAUUCUGGGGAUGGCUUCCCUUUGGAACAUUCUUGAUAUUUGUUCUUCGCUUUUCAUUUCUGGUGAUUUCUGGAUGUUGAGUCUCCUGAAUUAUAUACUUACGCCUUCGGCUUGAUGCAACCAGAAUUGUGCUUGGGAACAUUGUUGGAUCAAUCAAAAUCAUCAAAAUCAUGAUGUUAAUCAGGAGGAUGAACCUAUCAAAUGCAACGAGAUUAUACCAUUCAACGGAUCUGAAAUCUCACCGGCCGAAAAUGCCUCACAACGGUCUGUUUGCGUCGCUCAAGUUGAGCCGCUUGGUCAUAGGCCGGCUGUAGCUACUAUCCCUGGGAUGAAGAACGAUCCUCUACAAUUCGAACCCCUAGCUACUCACGCUGGAUCGCUUGCUUUUAGGCCAGCUGUACCUGAAGCUAUCGUGGAGCAGCCGUCCGCCCUUCGGCAACCAUCAACUUUGCAACACCCGCCCAUUACCAAACAACCAUCCAGUAUCAGGCCUUCCUGUAGUAGCCUAAGACGGAUACAAAGACAAUACCGUGAGCACAAGCGUCGCCAGUUACUCGAGAAAUUAGAGCGAAUUGAAAGAAAUUACCGAUCUGCGAGAGUGCAAUCCCCCAGUAAGCCCUUGGAGCAAUCCUAUGUCGAAGAAGAAGAUUUAAGAAUGGAAUUUCAGGUGGCGAAAAGUUGUGUUGAUUGGCAUGAAAAGAAGGCUGCAGAGUUGCUUGAUAAUGUUGAUUUAGAGUUACAUUCUUUUGAUCUUGUGGAAGCGAAGCUCGCUGUGGACGCUGUUAUCUCGAAGAUCAAGGAAAGAUUAGACAUGGAGAAUGUGCGGAAGCUUUUGAUGGAGGAGGCUACGCUGGAGGCGUGGCAAAAUUCGGGUAGAAAGUUAAUGAAUAGGGCUGAUGGGGAGCGCAGGGGAGGGGAAAGGAAGAGUGAGGAAGAGAAGGACCUACGUUGGGGGUUUUAUAGAGACUGGGAUGAGGCAAUCGAUCAAGCGUGUGAGGCGGCGAUGGGUAAGAGACCUUGGAUAGAAGCGAUGAUGGAGAGCAUUGAAAAAGCAGUGGAAGAGGAAAAGAAAAAUAUCGUGAAGGAAAGGGACAAGGCGAGAGCAAGGACAAAAGAUAUGCAUAUGGGGGUGAGCUCUCAGGGGGCCUAGAGCGGCCCCUUGAACCUGAGGUUGAUUUGGAUGAUAUGUUGCCUGAAUUUCCUUUGACCAUUGAUGAUGCUGGGACAGAGGAAAUGGAUAUGGAUUCUCCGGUGGACAUUGCAAAAGAGGAUACGGGAGGUGAAGUUAAGCAUCCCGAAAAUUGAGGGAUUGAGGAGAAUGCCACAGGAUGGACAAUUGGAUAUGUUUUUCAUGCUGAACCCAUAUCUUGCGAUUAUGGAAUGAAUUUAGCACAUGUCAUCUUUGGCUUUGUUGAGUUACCAAGCUGGGUACUGA